AUGCACGGCAAAAGACUCCAUUUUUCUUUUCAAAUACACUGCUCUUUUAUCUCAUCUCCUCAAUUGAAUUCAUCAAAAACUUUCUGAUCCAACAAAACACCAAUCAAAAUCCAAACCUAAUUUCUUCACUGAUCGAUCGAUUAAUUAUACAAAUAUAGCUAUAAUUAAUACGCGCAUUUACGCAAUAAUAAAUUCGAGAUGAAUGGAGUGGCGGAAUGCAGCGUUUGCCACUCGAAAUUAGGAGUUUCGCCUAACACGAGAACGGUUUCUAAAGCUUACGAUCAUCAUCGCACUGAUGUGUCGUUGAAAACACGCGCUUUCAACGUUUUUUUGGUUGUCGGUGAUUGCGUGUUGGUCGGUUUACAGCCUAUACUUGUAUAUAUGUCAAAAGUUGACGGCAAAUUCGAAUUCAGUCCCAUUAGUGUUAAUUUCUUGACUGAGUUAGCAAAAGUUGCAUUUGCAGUAGUAAUGCUAUGCUUACAGGCUCGAAGCCAGAAGGCCGGUGAGAAGUCUCUUCUCUCUUUCUCCACAUUGUUCCAGGCUGCUCGGAAUAAUGUGCUUCUGGCUGUUCCAGCUCUGCUUUAUGCUAUUAAUAACUACCUGAAGUUUAUCAUGCAGUUAUAUUUUAACCCUGCUACUGUAAAGAUGCUGAGUAACUUGAAGGUUUUGGUAAUUGCAAUCUUGUUAAAGAUGAUUAUGAAACGUCGUUUUUCCAUAAUUCAGUGGGAGGCUCUUGCACUAUUGCUUAUUGGCAUCAGUGUGAAUCAGCUGCGCACUUUGCCGGAAGGUACAACAGCUUUGGGUCUUCCAGUGACAACAGGGGCAUAUUUGUAUACCAUGAUUUUCGUCACUGUUCCUUCACUGGCUUCUGUCUACAAUGAAUAUGCUUUGAAGAGCCAAUUCGAGACUAGCAUUUAUCUUCAGAAUUUGUUUUUGUACGGAUAUGGUGCAAUCUUCAACUUCCUAGGCAUACUUGGAACUGCCAUUUUCAAAGGACCUGACAGUUUGGAUAUCUUACGGGGACACUCACGAGCAACAAUGUUCUUAAUAUGCAACAAUGCAGCUCAGGGAAUCCUGUCUUCGUUUUUCUUCAAGUAUGCAGAUACAAUUCUGAAGAAGUAUUCAUCAACUGUUGCCACUAUUUUUACUGGAAUAGCAUCUGCUGUUCUGUUUGGACAUACCCUUACUAUGAACUUUAUCUUAGGAAUCUCUAUUGUGUUUAUCUCGAUGCAUCAGUUCUUUUCACCUCUUGCAAAGGUCAGGGAUGAGACACAAACCGACAGUUUGGGAAUGGAUUCUCAGAACAACUACAGGUCAAAGGAUGGAUCCUUCAUAAAUAUGGCCGCCGGAGCAAAUGAAGAUGCUACCCAUCGUGUUGGACCUGAUGAGAAAGAACCCCUUCUUCCACGUUAGGUAUUACAGGAUUGUUACUGGAGAAACAUCUUUGGCUGGUCGGUAUAGAGAGGAUUUUGGGUCAUCUCCUUGAUAUUUAACAUCAGUACGCUAAGACGAUUCUUUUCAGCCUCCAGAUAGGAACAAUUCUCUUCCUGAGAAUUUACAAUAGCUCUUUUUUGUAGUAUGAAAUGAGGGUUUCAGGAACAACAGUCGUUAAUAUUGGAGUUCCAGAUGAUCUGUAUCAUCCGUUUUUGCAUAGAAUUUAGCUCAUAACCCGGACAUUAUUAUCACGUAUGUCACGAAUUGCAUGUAAAGUAUAUUGUCUUGCUAGCUGCGUUAGACUUUCUGCAUGCACAUUCUCUGUAAAUUUGUCCCGUGAAGUCAAGUUAAUGAAUAAUAGUAAUAGAUCUUAGCCACUGCUC